CCGACUUAAACCGCAGUAUCUCCUGUUGACCUGCUGUGCCCCUAUUAUCGGCCAUUGCGGAGUGACGUUUCACCACCAAAACUACAUAAACAACUCCUUGCGCUGGACAUUCACCUCGAUUGUUCUGGCAUCGUCGAAUUAAUCUUUAUUCUAUCUGAAGAAUUCCUCGUUCAGAGUCAAGGUCAAACCUGCAGCAUGCCACCAUCUCCCCUGAACAUCCCUCACCGCCAUCCCGAUACCAACGGCGGCUUCGAGCCCCUCUCCCCGGGCACCUAUGGGAACGAAUUCCCUCACAGUUCCAGCCCUCCACGCACAGCAACCCCUCCCACCCCCGGCACGCCCCGCCAACAAGGCAUGAUGAAUGUGAACGCCCCCCACCGCGGCUCCGUCGACGUCGACCUUACCGGCACCUCCGCAGAUGUAGGCGGCGGUGCGGGCCUGGGCAACCUCGCAGAUGAACUAGCAGACGCAUGGGAGGAAGAAGAAGAAGAAGAAGAAGAAGAAGAGGGGUAUGGAUACGGGUAUGGGUAUGCGUCGGGGCAGGAGACUCAUAACGGUCCCGUGGAUUCACAGCAGCAGGAUGUGAGUGAUGGGGAGGAGGAUUAUGAGAUGGGGGGCGGUGGUGCGAGGACGCCGUCGUCGGGGUAUUCAGUUGAGCAUAAUACAUUGCAUCCGCCGAAGCCGAAGGGGAGGAAUGCGGCUCAGAGGCAUAGGCGGCAUGAGUCGCAGUAUGAUGGGUCGGAUUAUGGGAAUGAUUCGGAUCUAGAGGAGGCGGCGGAUAUCUCGCCUAGUUUGGAGGGGCAAAUGGCGGAGAUUGAGAGUCUGGCGAGACGGGGGAUGGAGAAUAAUGGUAGUGAGAAUGAUCAUGUUAUCAAGCGGGCUGUUGAAGCCCUGCGGGAUUUGGGUGGUCAGAGUGGAAUUGAGAAUAAUGCCAUGCGACUCAUCACAGCACACACCUCUAUCACAUCGCAUCUAACCCACCAAACCCGCACCCUCCAAACCCUCACCCACCCCCUCCUCUUCUCGCCCUUCCCCCUCCUCUCCGAAGACGCAAUCGAUGCCCUCAUCCCCUUAAUCGACGCCGAACUCCUCCCAAACCUCCCCUACCCUUUCCCCGGCCAAGCACGCCACAGCCACUCCUCCCACUCAAAUUCAACCUCACACUCACACUCUCGCACCCACUCACAACCACAAGCACACGCAAACCCUCUAUCCUCCCUCCAAACCCUCAUCUCCCAAACCUCCGACCUAACCCACUCGCUCCAAGGCCUCAGCGACACGCUCUACGAAUCCCGCCAACUCACAUCCACCGCCUCACGCCGGCUGCGCUCAGCCCGGGAACUUGUUUCCGAAUUACGACGUGAGGAAGAAGGGCGCGAGGAAGGGUCCAGGUGGCUUGAACGCGGGGAUUGGGAUCGGAAGUUGAAGGAGAGGGAGGCGGGGAGGGAGUGUGGGGAUGUGGUCAGUGGGUUUGAGGCUGUUUGUGGGGAGUGGAGGGAAAGGUUGUUUGGGGCUGCGGCUGGGGAGGUUGCUGCUGCUUGAUGGGUGAUUUUUGUGCUUUGCUUGAAUGUUGGUUGUUGAUUUGUUGGAGUUGGAGUUGCAGAUGAUACCUUUGGAAGAUCGACAUUUACUAGUACUUAGAUGAUGUAUACCCCUGAGUACGGUAUAUAAAUAUUUCUCUUCAUGUUUAUAGGUUUAUUUUUUCAAGGAACAACGGGACAUACAGAUACUUCGUUGAGUAGAUAACUGACUUAUGGCACCGAAGUGCCAUGUAGAUGAUUCCAAUCCUCAGAUAUUGGAGACUUUCGAGCUUAGGAAAAGCAUACAGAGGCAAGUCAAAUUAAUCAUAUAUCACCCACAGGUAGAGAAACAGCGUCAGUCUAGCUGACACU